AGGAAUACUUUGAACAAUAAAUCCCGCAAGAAAGAAAUUAGCGCAAAAAUUUUGCAAGAGCAACAACUACAUCAGUAAUCACACAGACAUCCAAAUGGGUGGAUACUUUUCUUCUGGGGAAUAUGAACCUGAAAACAAAACAGUAGAGGAAGAAGACGAAGAAGACGAACAGGAGGAAGAAGACGAGUUAGCAAAUAAAGUUCCUUUAACAGAGAUAAAAAAUUACUGUGUACAUCUUUUGGAAUGCACAUUUUGUGGGCAGACAAGUCAAGGAAAAAAGGAUACGGAUCAUGUCAAAGUUCAUGAUGUUCUAAACUUGGGUUUAUAUUUACAAUUGCUUGAUAAAUUGAUUCGAUCAGACGAUCCAAAAACAAUCACUGCGGAGGAAGAAGACUACACUCACUUGUUAAGCCUCUAGCUGUCAAAAGAAAAAGACCUAACGAAACUACAGAAAAAUGUUAUAAAAGAUUAUCAAAACAAAGCAAGAGAUUUUUAAAAAUAUAUCG